CACACAUCCUCUGCAAGAGACAGAACAGAUCUUGACAUUGUGAGGAAGAUGCAUGUCUACAUGAGAGGACAGCACAUGCAUCCAGGACAGGACAAUAGCUCCUAAAGCUGCUGAGACAAAUACAUGCCAAGGACUACAAACAGAGCGAGAGCGAGAGAGCGAGAGAGAGAGAGAGAGAGAGAGAGAGAGAGAGAGGGAGAGAGAGGGAGAGAGCAGAGCAAGCCCAGAGGGAAGGGCAGCGGCAUUUCAGAGAGGGCAAAACAGGCCGCAAGAGGCAAUAUUUGCAGGCUUAUUCUGUUGCUAAGGACCUUUAAAAAGGAUCUAAACAGCAAAACCAAAGAACUGCCUUUUGGGGUUUUUCUCCUCCUCUCUGCACACGGAUAUCCACUCUGCCUCUUGCUGUCUGAAAGAGAGCUCCCAGUGCUGCUGCUCCUGCUGCUCCUGCUGCCGCGAGGUUACAGUCUCCGUGCUUCUGAGACCCGCUGCUCUGUAGCCCGAGACCAUGAGUGAGGCGAAGAAAGGAGAUCUAGCCAUCCGGGAUAAAGCCAUUCUGCACCAGCAGAGGCGCCUGAAGCAGGCCACUCAGUUCACGCACAAGGACUCAGCUGACCUCCUGCCCCUGGAUGGGCUGAAGAGAAUGGGCACGUCCAAAGACUUGCAACCUCACAGCAUCGUCCAGCGCCGCCUGUUGGAGGGAAACAUCACACGGCUGCGAGGGGAGGCGCGCGACGCCGGCACCAUGGUUCGCUCCCCACUGGCCGACACCAAGGAAGGGCCAGGCGACGCCGAGGAGAGGAGCGAGAGCACAGCCGAUGACUCCACGGAGGAGAGGGAGUCUCUGGAGGAAAGUGAGAGGAGCUUACGGUCGGAUGAGGAGGACGACAGCAGCGAAGCCGGAGCCAGACAGACAGCUGAGAAGACCGAGGGCACGGAGAACUCGACCCUCCUCACAGCCCUGGUUGUUCAAUGCAAGUGCUGCGAGACUGAAGUCAAGGCAUCCAUCGACACUGGCAGCCAACAUAAUCACAUCUCCGGCUCCUGCUGCCGGAGGCUGGGACUGGUGCCCAGUCAGGACAGCUCACCAUGCGGAGUGAACAGCUCAGUGACGGGUCUGCAGCUGCAGCUGGGCAGACAGAUGGUCCAGUGUUCAGCCUAUGUCAGAGAGGAUGAGGCAUUUGAGCUGUGCCUGGGUCUUCAGACUCUGUUGGAACUUAAAUGCUGCCUGGACCUGAGCUGUCGGGUCCUGAAGCUGCAGGGCUGUGGCGAGGAGCUGCCCUUCCUGAACCCUCCAACUGACGUCCAGUGCCAACAUGACACCAACGAGAACCUGUGAGCCCGACUCGACGGCAGGUGUGCACUUCCUCGAAUCCCGACCGUUUGCGGCAUUCGUGGCGCGAUGCCGUUCGUGUCUGGACCAUCUGAUCACAGUGUCUCACACUGCCAGGACAUGGACGAGCAUUCGCCACCGAGUUUACAUCAUUGUGUUUGUAGGAUUAAGACAUUCACCGUGAUUAUCUCUUAUAUUAAAUUAGUCUAGUUUACAGGGUGGAUGAUAGCCAGUUAUGAGCCAAUCAGAUCUCUGUGAGUCUAAUCAUUCUUUAUGAUUAUACUGUAUAUUCAAACCAAUUCCUCUGUUGAGCUGCUUGCGUGCACUGAUGCUCUCUAAAAAGGGAAAAACAUUAUAAUUAUUUAAAGUGGACUUAUAUAUUUUUUGUGAUUUGGCUGUAAAAAAAAUUACUUUAAAUGAAGUCAGUGACAAAAGUGUUAAUUGUAAACAUAAAUGAUUUCAGUUAAGAUGUUGUUAAAGGAACAGAUUUAUAUUUUGGGGCAUCCAGUUGUUUAUUUUCUUGCCGAAAGUUAGAUGAGAAAGUCGGUACCACUUUCAUGUGUGUAAGGUAAAUAUGUUGCUACAGCCCGCAGCCGGUUAGCUUAGCUUAGCAUAAAGACUGGAAACAGGGGGAAAGAGCUAGCCUGGCUCUGUCUGAUGGGAACAAUAUCUGCCUACCAGCACCUCUGAAGCUCACUAAUUAACACGUUAUAUCUUGUUUGUUUAAUCCGUACAAGCUGUAAAAAUGCCAACAUGUGGUUUUACAGUACAGGAAGACACUGCUCCAGGCUGGGAAACCGUCCGGCAAAGUACGGCCUGUAAAAACGCAACUUGACAUUUUUCCCUUUCAGUGUUUGAGCGGAUUAAAACAGUGCUCCCGGACCUUUCUUGUCUGACAAACCCCCACAGCCCCGUCAGCUGAGCGCAAGUACCCCUUCAUCAACACCACCCGCCAUCACGUUCUGAAUGGGGUUCAUUUGAAGUGAUUUUAAACUGAAUGUUACUUAACACUUGCAAAAGGCAAUGACGUUUUCAUACGACUGAGCUAAUGUUUAGUUCCCCUUGGUCGUGUUUCCCUUUGCAGUACUACAACUUGACGUGGCAGAAGCUGGAAAUCUCACCCAUUUAUCCAGGCCUACUACCUACCAGUUUCGACAACUUAUCUGAUACUUUAUUUCGGCUGUUUAUCCAUUUCUUUUAGUUCAUUAUUUUGACCUUAGUUUCCACAAACUCGCAAUUGCAACACUCAACGUUCAGGGUGUACAGCUGACCUUAUAUGUCAAUAUUUUCUCAUAAACAAAAUUUAAUUUCUGUUUUUUCUAAUUAGGUUAGCUAACCCCUGGCAACUGCUGAAGUAACCCCUGGGGUGAAAGCACUGCAUUAGAAACAAACAAUAGACAUAAAGUGUUAAUUAGUGAGGUGUAGUAUAUUUUUUUACCUUUGGGCAGAACCAGGCUUGCUGUUUCCCUAACACUUGCUGGCGGCAAUCUCAUAUUUACAAGAUAUUUAUGAAAGUAGCCUCAAUUCUCCCAACGUCAAACAAGAAUGUGAAUGAGCGCAUUUUCUCAAAAUGACAAACUAUUCCUUAAACGAACCAACAUAACUCAUCUUAAGAGUGUGGGUACUCAGGAUGCCCUUUCGAAUGUGUUCAAAGGAAAGUCUUGAAGUUUUUGGGAGUCCCGUGUAAUUGGGGUUUGAUCAGGCUACCUCCUUCAGAAAAAACGUGCGGUUCUCAUCUAGAAUUACAGAAGAGAUGUGAGAAAAAGACCAGAGUUUCUGAAGCACUUAUAUUCAGCUUUGUAAAGUCCCUUAGCUCCCUAUUUCCCUAACAAAGAGACAGAUGUGGUUACAUUUUCCAGGAGCACACUUACAUCCUGCCAUGAUGGCACAGAGUGAGUUACAGUAGUUCCUUAUAAAUCCCUUCUAAUAAAAAUAGACUUCAGGUCAGCCGGCCAAACAUAUUUGAGUCAGACUCAGCUACAGGAAUAUCAAAACAUUCCAUCUGCAUGACUUUGUAAAGUUCCGCCUUUGUAUAAGUCUGCAUGUUUGUGUACUAGUCUGACUGUGUCAUGUUGAGUUGGGCGAAGGGGCCUGGACGUGUGUGCUUUCGUGUGCAUGUUUGUGUGUUAGGAUACAGAGCAGGGUUUUUUUCUGCCUUGUUACGGCUCCGGUUCCACACGGGGGAACAAACGGUCCUAUCCUCCCCAACCGGUCCGCUGAGCUCCGGUCAGAACAAGCUGCCAAAAGCCCACCCCAGCUGCCUUCCCUCUCGGCCUCUUUCGGGAGAUUUUAAUCACUUGGCCGAGGCUGCGUGCCAAGGCCCGUCUUCAAGCUCAUCUUCCUCUCUAUUCAGAGGAGCGGCCUUCUUUGUGUAUUUACCACCUUUUUGGCCGAAGUUAUUCAAUUUGACACCUGACGUUCGCUGAUCAGCCCGUCACAGGAGAACGAAAAGAACUCCCCACUACAGUGCUGCCUGCCUCUCUUGUCUCUCUGUGUUUUCAUAGUGUGGAGAAUCCAGAGCUGCCUCAGAUGUGCUCACCGAAGGCCAUCAUGCUCUGCUUUAAUCAUACCGGAGCCGUGCCGUGCUUUUGACUGUGCUAAAGUGUCCAUCUAACCUCUUCAUGGAGGUUGUCCACAUGUAGAUUGGCGAUGUUUGUUUCUCUUUGGUGUACUAGUGACCUUCCUACGCUGUAUGAGAGGAAUCGAUGUAUGACAGAAAUUUAUUUUUGGUGUUUCUCUUCUUCUGAACAGUAUUUUCUCUGCCUAAUAAAAUAUGUAU